AUGUAUUCCAACUACUUGAAUCAACAUCAGCCUUCAAGCCCCAUCACGUAUCAUCGUUUUAGACACAACAGUGAUCCUCAGCUGGCUCCUCCUUUUCCUACUGCUCGAAGAAUGAGCUAUGGUGAUUAUCUCUCUUAUACUAGUGAUUCUUCUCUCGAGACAUCACCAGUGGGCUCCACUCUGGACUACAGCCAUCAUCAGCAAGCACCCUCACCACUGGCCAUGAACAGCGAAUUGCCUGGUAACAGCCACAAGAGCUGCUGCCCUUGCAUUCACAGCAACGGAUGCUUUGUAGAUCAACUAUCAGCCUAUCGACGCCCUUUGGAUUGGCAAUCACCUUUAUGCAACCAAUUCACAUUUCCACCAUUACACCAACAACAGCAGCAGCAGCAGGGCCAAUUCAUGAUGUUUGAUGCACUACCUACACCCACUAUUGUCUCCUCUCAAUUAAUGACUCCAUCACUGUCUUCAUCCUCAUGCUCAUCUCAGAUGCAUGAAUUAUCCAUCUACGAUUUAUUGGAGCUGGUUCCUACUCAGUAUCAACAGCAAGAGGCUUACUGCGUGUCUCCUCCAUCACCCUUUGUGUCACAUCACAGUGCAGCAACAAAUGAUGAUGAUGAUCAAGAUGAAAACAAACAAACCGUUAAUGAGGCUAAUGACAAGAGGGAUACCAAGGCCAGUUCUUGUGCUGCUGGUGGAGGAAAAGCCAAAGUCAAGAAAUCAACACGUGCUAGACGCAAUGAUGUAUCUGGUGUUACGUCUAAUGAUUGCAAAAAGUACAAAGAGACUUCCUGUGAGCUUGAUGCGAAGCAGUUCUUGUGCGAGUAUGACGAUUGCGGCAAGUUGUUUAAACGUUCAGAGCAUUUGAAAAGACACAUCAAGUCCAUCCAUACCAAAGAAAAACCCUAUUCCUGUCCCUACAAAGAUUGCGGUAAAAGCUUUGCAAGAACUGACAAUUUGAGUCAACACAUCCGCAUUCACAGAAAUAACAAGGGCUCCUCUACUGCCACCAAAAUCAAGGCUAGAACCAAGGCCUAA